AUGAAAUUCUUCAAGGAUCCCGCAUUCAUGGCCUUUGUAAUCGGGGGGGUUAUCUCAUUCUUUGGCUUUUUUUUCCCGAUCAUCUAUCUCCAACUUUACGCAGUCCAGCAAAACAUUGACUCAAGCUUUGCAUUCUAUUGUAUCGCUGUUUUGAACGGUUCUGGUGUGGUCGGACGUUUGAUAGCCAAUUACUUGGCGGAUGGAUUGGGACUGUUUCCCGUUCUGGUUCCAUGUCUCUUCACUACCGCGGCACUCAUCUGGGUCGUAUUGGCAGUCAAAAAUAUCGCGUCGUUAGCUGUGGUCGCAGUCUUGUAUGGAAUAUUUUCAGGAGCUUUUCUAUCUUUAUCCAUCACAGCUACCGCGGUGUUGUCAAAAUCUCCAUCUGAAAUAGGGGCACGAGCUGGUGUGUGUUUGGGCGCUGUUGGCUGUAGUAUCCUCGUCUCGGCACCACUUCAAGGAGCAGUUUUAGGAAAAGAUUUUGCCUGGAUUAGAUCGGUUGCGGUGUCAGCCUCAUUCAUGUUUGUUGGAUCCUUCUUAACACUCGCGUCAGCCUAUUUCUAUCAUACCGGAAGACGGGGACCUUCGUAA